AUGACGGUCAUUUGCCUCUCUCAUCUUUGGGCUGUGGCAUUGCUGCCAAUGCUCCUGGCUUUGCCCCUCAUGACACAAGCCUGCCCCGGGUCUUGCAGCUGCCCUGGCUCUCGGGAGGUGCUCUGUACCUUCAGCGAUCUCAACUCUCUCCCACCUGCCAUACCCAGGGACACCCAACGUCUCAACCUUGGCUACAACAACAUACAGGCUCUGGAUGGCUCAGAGUUCAGAACGCUCAGGAGUCUGGAAAUGUUAAUGCUUCAUGGAAAUGACAUUCAGUCGCUGUCCUCGAGAGCCUUUUACAACCUCCGCUCCCUGUGGAUUUUGAAGUUAAGUCACAACAAGCUGAGAAACAUCACUCUCGGUAUCUUUGAAGGCCUGUCAAGAUUGGUGAGCCUCUACUUGGAUCACAACAGCAUUGAGUUCAUCGAACCAUUUUCAUUCAGCGGGCUGACAUCCCUGACACUGUUAAACCUGGAAGGGAACCGGCUGAGAGACCUGCACCCCCACACCUUUGUCACCCUGUACUUUCUAGGGAAUUUCUGGGGUUCUAGCCUUCGCUACCUCCACCUGUCAGACAACCAGUUGAGGUAUCUGCUCCCAGGUACCUUACAGGAUCUAAAUAAGCUGGAAGCACUAUCUGUAUAUGGCAACCCAUGGGCAUGUGAUUGCAAUCUGCAGUGGCUUUUACAGUGGAAUAACAAGAAUAAGGGGGUGAUUAAAUGUCUCAAUGAAGAAGGGUUUGGCACGAGUGUGAACUGUGCCAUGUGUUCCUCACCUCAGACCCUAAACAACAGCCAGGUCUUCCAGCUGUCAACUUCCCAGCUCUCCUGUGAUAGGCCGACUUUACAAUCUCCACUGAAGCUAAGAGACAGCACAGUCUGGCUGGACACCACCUCUGACAUCCCAUACAUCAAAGACCUUGACCCUCCUUUGGGUCAUAUCACCUUCAAGCUGUCUGACAGCCACAGCAACAUGGCACAUGUUGACUGUGUUGUGAGGCGUCAGGCCGAAGGAUCUACCAUGAGCUGGCAAAAGCUAAGGUUCCCAAGUCGGUUGGCACUCAAUGUGACUUUGAUGAGCUUGCUGGAGUGUGAGAUUAACAGAGAUGAUCUUCAGCAACUCUGGAGACUGAUCGCCUAUUAUUAUGAGAGACCAGCCAUCCUCACCCAGGGGCUUAGGCAAGAAAAUGCUUCAAGAGCCACUUUUCAGUACUCUCAGGCAUUCAUUGAAGACGCCCCAUACUUUACAGAUCUCAGAGGAUAUUUUUCAGCUGAACCAACAUGGCUGUUACAGCCUCUACUAAAACUUCAAUUGAACAGGCGUAAAUCUACAAGUAAAACGCUCGUUCUGAACUUCUCUACUUUUAUUUCAAAGCGAAUAAGUGUAUGGGAGGAGCAAAGGGUUACCAAAUGCAACUGGGCGUUUGUCCAUAGAGGGACACCAGGGAAGGUACAUACUGUUCUAGAAGGUUCCGGUGUCAGUCUGGAUUGUGAAGUGUCAAGUUCUGGACAAGCAUCUGUUGAAUGGAUGCUCCCAGAUUUUUCCAUUUUAAACACAUCGUAUGACAGAAUUGCUAUUUCUGAAAAUGACAAACUGGUUAUACACAAAGCGAGCCCAUCUGACUCUGGCCUGUAUCACUGCCUUGUACGUUCUGAGGUUGAUGUGGAUAUAAUGUCCUUUAGGGUAUUUGUAAAAGAGAGGGUGCUUAGCUCUGAUCACAUAAAUGGCAAAGAAAUGUCAUUGGAUAGUGGAGAAUCACUUACUCUGCCCUGCUCCAUGUCUUCAGUUGAACCCAGUGACAUGACCUGGCACCUACCAACAAAUACAAUCUUGUGGCCAUCAUCUUCAGAAGGUAGAAUCAAAAUAUUGUCUAAUGGGAGCUUAGUUAUUAUAAAUGCCACAUAUGAGGAUGAUGGGGUAUAUAGCUGUUUGGCUGUCAAUCUCUAUGGGGCAGAUAUGCUAUCUCACCGGAUCGUGAUCAGAGUAUUCCCUGAGGGAAGAACACCAACACCUCCGACCUUUCAUCCUCCUAAAACUGGAGAAGCCAGCAAGAUUAAAGACUUUGGAUGGUUUUCCAGACUCAGAAACAGAUACAGACAACACAAACUCAAUGCCUAUCGUCUUUCACAAGCAGGGAAGAAUAUAACACCAAAAGCAAAUAUUUUUAAUCCUAGGCCCCUGCCAACUCCUAUGACAAUGUACAGUGCUGUGACCCCAGCAUAUUCUCUGUUAGCUACAAAUCAGGCACACUCCACAAUCCAGAAUUAUAGCCAAAGGCACUACAGCCAUCAGGGACCCAAGAAAUUAAAUAACGUUUUGCCCUCCCCAAGUUUAAUUGAGAGUGGAAGGAAGCCAAAGAUUUCUUCAGUUAAUACCAACAGUUUGUCAGCCCUCAUAGAGACAGAUGUGUCUCUGCCCUGUGAGUCAUUGGGAGAGCCAAGACCCAGCCUCUCCUGGACCAAAGUCUCCACAGGUGCUACAAUUGAAGUAGGCACAAAGAAUGGUGAAAGAUUCGAAGUUCUGAGAAAUGGCACUUUUAUGAUAAAAACUGUUCAGCUGCAGGACAGAGGUCAGUACCUUUGCACAGCGAAGAAUGCAUUUGGGUCAGAUCAAGUGAUCAUCACCCUUUUGGUGAUGAACCAGCCUCCAAAAAUUGUGCCACCAAAAUCAACAGAUAUGUUGGUGUAUGUGGGACAUCCUAUAUACCUGGAUUGCAUGGCAGAGGGCAAGCCACAAGCACAGAUCUCCUGGAUCCUUCCAGAUGGAAAAAUAGUACAGGGCAGGGGCCUUCUGCAUAACACAGUCUCAGUUCUGACCAAUGGCACGCUAAGCAUCAAAGUAGCUCACUUAUCAAGUACAGGACAGUAUAAAUGCAUAGCCAGCAGCACAGCUGGAGCAGACACACUAACUUACCACAUCCAUGUGGUAAAUUCAUCACCCACUAUCAAUGAAGAAGCAACUGAAGUUAUUGUAUUGCCCACAGGGAGCAAUGCCUACAUCCACUGCACAGCAAUAGGGGAACCAAAGCCCACAAUUCAGUGGACCAUUCCUGAUGAAGAGAAAGGCAAAGCUUUCCCUGUCAUCAGGGGUAGGAUCUCUGUCUUAUCCAAUGGGACACUUUUUGUGAGAAACAUUUCACUGACUGACUCAGGAACAUAUCAAUGUUCUGCCACCAACCGUGCAGGUGCUACCAGGAGAGUGGUACGGGUGGAGGUAAAACAGGAGAACUCCAGCACCCAACAACCUCUGCCACUGCAACAUAGAAUCACAGGGAUGUAUGGCUCCACCGUGUAUUUGCACUGCUCAGGGUCUGCAACUUCACAACAUGGUGCGCUCUGGAGACUUCCCUUUGGAAUGUUCCUGGAUUAUCAAAACAGCUCUGAGGGAUCCAUCACUGCUUUCCCCAACAGCACACUCAGAAUCCAGCAGCUCACAGAGAAGGAGGCAGGCAGCUACCUCUGCCUGUUCCUAACGCCUCAUGGCCAGGACUUCAAGCUAUUUCAGGUAGAGGUCCUUCCAAGCCCACCAAAGAUCAAACGCUUCACCACUGUUCACAAGAGAGUUGCAUAUGGGGACAGUUUUCAGAUUGACUGUUUAGCCUCUGGGUUUCCAGCUCCAGAGGUGUCUUGGACCCUUCCAGAAGGUACAAUUGUCAAAAGUACCCUCCAAUAUGAAGGGGAGUUGUCUCACAAUUUCAUUGUCUUUGAGAAUGGCACCCUCCUUCUGAAACAGAUAAGUAGGGGGGAUGAAGGUGACUACACAUGCAAUGCUAGGAAUACAUUCGGGCAAGACGUCAUGAAGGUCAGGAUUCAUCUGCUGCCUGACUCUCCAAGAAUCUUGUCAAAGGAUGAGGUGUCCAUCUGGGGCCUGCUUGGAAAGCCUGUACAAAUAAAGUGUCAAGCAUCCGGGGAACCCACCCCUACAAUCACAUGGUAUUCACCAAGUAAUGCCACCAUUGCCACAUCUUCUAUCAGGUACCAGAUCUUGGGAGAUGGCACACUGAUUAUCAGAAAAUUAGGCUCAGCUGACCGGGGCAACUAUGCUUGUGUGGCCAAAAGCUUGGCAGGAUACGAUGUAAAGAAUGUGCAUCUGGAAGUGGAGGGAGGAUCACCUCGGAUAAACAGACAAGUAGGAAGGACUGCUGCGAAGGUUUCAGCAGUGUUUCAUCAAACUCUGCUGCUUGACUGCAAAGCAGAGGGCCUGCCAGAGCCACGUGUCACCUGGACCACUUCCUUUGGAAUCAACCUGCCCACGCCUUACCUGGGCGGAAGGUUCCGGGUCUAUAGAAAUGGGAGUCUAGAGCUGCAUAACCUGAGAAAAACAGAUGAGGGUCAGUAUGUUUGCCGGGCACAGAACAGCUUGGGUGAAGCCAGGCUGGAGAUCGAUCUCAAAGUGAAAUCUCUCACAGAAAAGCCAAGCUUCGCUACGGCAAACACUGAGGUUGUCUCCUUUAAGCCGGGUAGCGCUGAGGUCACUCUAGCAUGCUAUGCCAGUGGAAACCCAACCCCAGAGCUUGUGUGGGUGCUGCCCAAUAGCACAGUGUUGAUAGCUGGUGUCAGGCUCCAGCGUUUCCAUCACAUUCCUGCCAAUGGGUUUUUGCACAUCCUGCAGCCAGGGAAUGGUGACAUGGGAGUUUACCGGUGCCUGGCAAAUAACACAGCAGGGAAGGCUCAGAAGCAGUUUUCUCUUGAACAGGGAUGGAAGCCUUGGAUUCAGGGUAAGCCUACAUCUGUGAGGAUUUCAUUUGGACAGAAUUUGAACCUACCUUGUCCAGUUGAUGCUUGGCCACAGGCCGCCAUUUCCUGGACUCUCCCCAACAGCCGCAUCCUCAGGAAGCCUCAGGUCAUUGGACGGGUGGCCUACUUAGGAAAUGGUGCACUGGAGCUAAGUGAAGCUGCCACCGUUGACGGAGGGACCUACACCUGCAAAGCCACAAAUGCAUUUGGCUCAUCCACACUAUCACAUACGGUUAUAGUAACAGUGUAUCCUCCGCGUAUCACCAAUGUGUUUCCCUCAAUCAUCGUGGUGAACAGGGGCUCUGCUGCGAUGCUCAGGUGCAGAGCUGUUGGAAUACCUAAACCUGACAUCUCAUGGACUCUACCAGGAAGCACCAGUCUCACCCCGACCAGCCCCAUCACAGCACAGAAUGGAAUGCAUAUUACUGCUGAGGGCAGCCUAGUCAUACAAAAUCCAAUGCUAACACAUUCAGGGACUUAUAAAUGCAAUGCAAGAAGUGCUGUGGGAAUGGACUUCAAAGCCACAUACAUUCAAGUACUAUGA